AUGUUCGUGAAAUCCGAGGCCUUGGCGGUGAAGGAGGAAGCGGACAUGCUGGUGCUGCUGGGCGCAGCCUCCCCGGCAGCAGCUCGGACACCACAGCCAUCCAGUGCUGAUGAGGGCGACGAAGAGCGAGGCGCGUCGGGAGGGGCGCGUCGGCCGCGCGGGGCCGGGCCCGGGGUGCGGCUGUUGGGCCUGGGACACGAGUGCCGGCGGCGUCCUUCCAGAGCGCGAGUAGCUUCCCGAGGCGCCAAGACGGCCGAGACCGCGCAGCGCAUUAAGAAGACCCGCCGGCUGAAGGCCAACAACCGCGAGCGCAACCGCAUGCACAACUUGAACGCGGCGCUGGACGCCCUGCGCGAGGUGCUGCCCACCUUCCCCGAGGACGCCAAGCUCACCAAGAUCGAGACCCUGCGCUUCGCGCACAACUACAUCUGGGCGCUCACCGAGACCCUGCGCCUGGCCGACCACUGCGGCGGGGGCCUGCCCGGCCCGCUGCGCCCGGAGGCCACGCUCCUGAGCCCGGGCGGCGCCCUGGGCAGCGUGGGGGACAGCCCGUCGCCCUCGUCCACGUGGAGCGGCACAGACAGCCCCGCGCCACCCUCCUCCGCGCCCUCCACCUCCCCCUACAACUGCGUCUUCUCCCCCUCCAGCCCCGUGGUGUCGGAUCGGGACUGCUGGCAGCCGGCUCCGCAGGACAAGCGCCGCUGCCCGCCUCGCCGCCCCGCGGUCAGGGAGUGCGCCUAG